AGGAGAGGCACUGAGGAGGGAACACACAAACUGAGACACACAGACACACAAAGACAAGAGGCCUAUUGUGAACACACACACACAGUUGCUGGUCAAUAACAGACACUUUCACAAACACACACACUCUUCAUUGGACUCUGGACUGACCACUUGAGGAUACAUCCCUCAGGACUCUGUUUCCCAUCAUGCACCAGCGGAGCAUCUCAGAGCUCCAGGGGGCCUCCACCCAGCAGGGGGCCUCGACCCGACGGACUACCCAGGAUGAAGCCUCCAGGAGCUCCAGGUGGAGGAGGGGGGCCGUGCUCUGCAGCUGCCCAGCGAGGGCAGCUCCUCUCUGGGCAUGGUGGCUGGUGCUGAGCGCCCUGGUGCUUCCUGGAGCCUGGAGCUUUCUCAGCGAGGAGCAGGAGGAGCUGCUGGUGGAGCUUCACAACCACUACAGAGGACAGGUGUCCCCCAGCGCCUCCGCCAUGAUGCCUCUGAGAUGGGAUCCGAGUCUGAAAGUGAUCGCAGAAGGCUACGCCGCUAAAUGUGUCUGGAACCACAACCCGGAGCUGGAGGAGACCGGAGAGAACCUGUUUGCCGCCACCGGGCCCCUGGACCUCCGGGAGGCGCUGGAGAAAUGGUUCCUGGAACAUCUGGACUACAGCUUUCACAACAACAGCUGUGACGACGACAAGAUGUGUGGACACUACACACAGAUGGUGUGGGCAGACACACACAGAGUCGGCUGUGCCUUCCACCUCUGUAACAAUAUGGAGGGUCUGGAGUGGGAGAGAGUCUCCUACCUCGUCUGCAACUACUACCCAGCAGGAAACUAUGAAGACCAGCGGCCGUACGUGGAAGGUGAUUGGUGCUCCAGAUGUCCUGAGAACCUGCAGAAGUGUGAAAACAACAUGUGUGUGGCCGACUCUGAGGAGGAGGAGGAGGAGGAGGAUGAAGAUGUGGAGGACGGUACCGACUGGGUGACGCUCGUUCCUCUUCCAGUGACCUCAGACCCCGCCCUUCCUUAUGAGGAGCAGGGGAAUAAAGAGGAGGAGGAGAUGGUUGUUCCUCCUCCUGCAACAACUGAAGACUCCACCUUCACCACCACCUCCACCCCCAUAUCGGACCCUGAGGACAACCCGUCCCCAGACACCCCGUCCCCAGACACCCCCCCUCCACACGUCUACUCAACUACACUGGGAGAGGAGGAGGAGGUUGUUGAAAUGUCGGAGGACAAGGAGGUGAAGGAGGAUGAGGUUGUUGAAAUGUCGGAGGACAAGGAGGUGAAGGAGGACAAGGUUGUUGAAAUGUCGGAGGACAAGGAGGUGAAGGAGGAGAAGGAGGAGGAGGAGAGGAAGGAACCUCUGGAUAAGACGGACAAAGAAAGAGAAAUAGACGAAUCAUCAAAAAGACACCUGAUCCCAGACAGACGAAAUUCUGGAUCAGUAUCAUCACCUUCUCUCCUGUUGGCGUCUCUGACUGGGAUCCUGAGUCUGAGGCUGUGAGGAGGAGGAGGAUGAGGAGGAGGAAGAGGAGGAGGAGGAGGAGGAGGAGGAGGAGGAGGAGGAGGAGGAG